AUGGGUAUGUCGGAUAGUGGGGAGAAUAUUGAAAUUAGGAACAAAUUGAAAGAUUUGUGUCUGGAUCUUAAUAUGGACCUUGAAACUGAAGAGGACGCCUGGGAAUCUUAUGAAAGAAUCUCCCACAGUUACACUCUCGAAGGUGAUUCGUUGCACUGGCUGGCCUGUUCCCUCUAUGUUUCCUGUAGGAAAAGUCAUGUACCCACUGUCUCAGGUCAUGAAGAUGUCGAGGGUAACUGCGUAUCACUGACACGACUUUUGAAGACCACUAAAUUGAGGUAUGCAUCUUUUUUUAAAAAUCUUUUUAGGUCGUAG